AUGGACCGACUCGCUUUGGAGCUGCAGCAGCUCCACGACCACGUCCGGCAUGUCAAACUGGCCACGUCGAUCGCCGAGAAAAGCGAUCGCGCGCUCAAGGACGCCAAGCAGCGCGCGGCCAGCUACAUGGAAGAGCUCCAAAGCACCAAGAUGGGCCACCAACAGAUCAAGUCGUCGUUCUCGGCGCUCGAGCGAAAACUGCGCGAUCUUGAAGGCGAAAAGAAUGCAGCGCUCCAGGAGCGCGACGGACUGCAGCAGACGCUCGAACGGAACCAAAUGGCGCUGGACAAGACCGCGGCCACGACGCUGCAUGAAAAAGAAAACUCCAUUCAGCGACUCCAAGCCGACAUUCAGCAGUACAAGCGCACUGUCGAGCAGCUCGAGGCGGCGCUUCAAGACGCACGGUCAGUGCCCCGUCACGCCAAGCCGUCGCCGAGGGUAGAGAAGAUUGCGUCCAACCAAGAGUCGUCCGGCGAUGUCCAACGACUCCACGAGCUCCUCUCCCAGAAAGACCAGGUAAUACGACCAACACGCUCCUGA